AUCAUGUAUUCAAUGUCGUUAGAAGAAACAGAACCACCAAAUCAAACUCUAGAUCAAGUCCUAGGCUGGCUUGAGGAUUCCAUGUCCUUAACCCCAUUACCUGAAUUCGAUGAUUCUUAUUUGCUCCACGAGUUCGACGGGUCUCAAACGUGGGAAUGGGAUCAGGCUCAAGAUCCGGGAUAUGAUUUUAUUCAUAGCUAUAGUCAAGAUCUUAGUGCACUUAUGGGUUGUGAAGCAACAAACCUGGAAGUGGUAACCGGAGCUCCAGUCAUUAGUUCGGAUCCUCCACCCGUAUUUCAUCAACCAAACGAGCAGUCCAUGAAAAGGAACCAUGAUGGGCUUAUCGAUGACCAACUAGUGAAAAGAUCAGCAAGGAGCAAGAGGAAAGCAAAGAAGUCUAGUGAGAUGAGCUGCAAAGAUGGUAACAAGGAAAAGAGGUGGGCAGAACAACUUCUUAACCCUUGUGCCUUGGCAAUCACGGCAAGGAACUCAUCAAGGGUUCAACAUUACCUUUGUGUUCUCUCUGAACUUGCCUCUUCUUCUGGGGAUGCUAAUCAUCGGCUUGCAGUUUUUGGUCUUCAAGCGUUGCAACAUCAUAUUUCAACCUCCUCCUCUGUUACAUCCUCUGUUACGUUUGCUUCCGCAGAAGUGAAGAUGUUUCAAAAGACUUUGCUCAAGUUCUAUGAGGUAAGCCCUUGGUUUGCUUUGCCUAACAACAUGGCAAACUCAGCUAUCCUGCAGAUUCUAGCACAAGAUCCCAGAGAUAAAAAGGAUCUUCAUAUUCUUGAUAUUGGUGUUUCUCACGGUAUGCAAUGGCCCACUUUGCUGGAAGCUCUGUGCUGCAGACCAGAAGGACCUCCUCCUCGUGUUCGAAUAACCAUUGUAUCCCAUCUAACCGCAGACAUACCUUUCUCUGUUGGUCCACCUGAUUACAAUUAUGGUUCUCAACUCAUUGGCUUUGCUCGGUCCCUUAACAUCAACCUCCAGAUCAAUGUAGUUGACAAGUUCCUCCAACUCAGUGAUACCUCAUCUCAUGAGACCGUGAUCGUCUGUGCUCAGUUUAGGCUGCAUCAACUGAAGCAAAGUACCCCUGAUGAGAAAAGUGAGGCUUUGAGAGCACUGAGAAAUUUGAAACCAAAAGGAGUGGUUCUUUGUGAGUACAAUGGGGAAUACAGUAGCAGUGGAGACUUUGCAGCAGGAUUUGCGAGGAAACUUGAGUAUCUUUGGAAGUUUCUGGAUUCAACAAGCUAUGGGUUCAAAGAAGAGAGUAGCGAAGAGAGGAAGCUAAUGGAAGGAGAGGCAGCAAAGGUGUUGAUGAGUUCAGGAGAGAUGAAUGAGGGAAAAGAUAUAUGGUAUGAAAGGAUGAGAAAAGCUGGUUUUGCCGCAGAAGCGUUUGGAGAGGAUGCAAUUGAUGGAGCCAAAUCUUUACUGAGAAAAUAUGACAGCAAUUGGGAACUAAGGAUGGAAGAUGAAGAUACCUUUGCUGGGUUAUUAUGGAAAGGAGAGGCAGUUUCAUUUUGUUCCUUGUGGAAGUAG